GAAAAUCGCAGCUACAGGAUCUUGGAAAAUAAACCUUCUGAAAUGUCAUCACCCAGCAGUGAUUGCCCACACUUGGAAUCAGUUGGUGAGAUAACAAAAGAGGAAUUGAUACAGAAAUCUCAUGGCACUUGUCAGGAUUGUAAAGUCAGAGGACCCAACCUUUGGGCAUGCUUAGAGAACAGAUGUACAUAUGUUGGCUGUGGUGAAUCUCACGUUGAUCACAGUACCACCCAUUCUCAGGAGACAAAACACUGUCUAACUGUCAACCUUACUACGCUCCGUGUUUGGUGUUAUGCCUGUAGUAAAGAAGUAUUCCUGGAUAGAAAAUUAGGAUCUCAUUCUCCACUACCAAAUGCAAGACUGUCUCACCAAGCACAAGAAAAUAGCGUGCAGGAUUUUAAAAUACCUAGUAAUCCCACACUGAAGAUUCCCCUAGCAGCUGUAUUUGAUGACUUAGACAUAGAAGUGGAAGAAGAUGAGUUAAAGACUAGAGGUCUAACAGGAUUAAAAAAUAUUGGAAACACUUGUUACAUGAAUGCAGCUUUACAAGCUCUUUCCAACUGCCCACCUUUGACGCACUUUUUUCUUGACUGUGGAGGCUUAGCCCGAACAGAUAAGAAACCGGCCAUUUGUAAAAGUUAUCUCAAGCUGAUGACGGAACUCUGGCACAAAAGCAGGCCUGGUUCUGUUGUUCCUACUGGCUUAUUUCAAGGAAUUAAAGCUGUUAAUCCAACAUUUCGAGGCUACUCUCAACAGGAUGCACAAGAAUUUUUGCGUUGUCUAAUGGAUUUACUUCAUGAAGAACUUAAAGAACCAGUUGUAGAACUGGAAGAUGCCCAGCCUAUGAGCAUUGAAGAGAGUAUGGAAGAAGACAAGAGCCAGUCGGAUGUAGCCUUUCAGCCCUGUGAAUCCUGUGGUACCUGUGAUAAAACAGAAAAUGAUGCUAUUUUCAAACCUGUCUUAGAGGAUCCUGCAGAGACAACCAUGUUAAUUCAGGAUGACGAUAUCAACCCAGUUGCCACCAAAGACUGGCAGAAAGAAAAAAUUGCAAGCAACAAGCUUAAACGCUCAAAUUCUAUGGAGGACUUGGAAAAAGACACAAACACUGCUUCAGUGACCACUGAAUUUUUAAAUAAUCAAGGAACUGUCAAAGUACAGAUACACAGCAGAUUCUCAGAGUACAUCAAUGAUGUCCACAUGAAUGAUAUAUCUGCAGCCCAAACCCCAUCAUCAAAUGAAGGGAUGAACACACGCUUAUCAAACAGUCCUCCAAAGUCAUUCUCAUCAUGCUCUCCACUGGCACAAGUCCACAAAAAAGUUUCAACUGUAUCAUCACCAAAGAGGAAGAAGCGCAAGAAGUACAAGAGUGUUAUCUCUGAUAUAUUUGAUGGGACUAUAAUAAGCUCAGUACAGUGCUUGACUUGUGAUCGGCUGUCUAUAACCCUGGAAACCUUUCAAGAUCUGUCCUUGCCUAUUCCAGGUAAGGAAGAUCUUGCUAAACUCCAUUCUGCAAGUCAUCAGACAUCUCUAGUCAAGGCAGGGUCAUGUGGAGAAGCAUAUGCCCCCCAGGGAUGGAUAGCUUUUUUUAUGGAAUAUUUCAAAAGGUUUGUUGUCUCAUGUGUUCCUAGCUGGUUUUGGGGUCCAGUUGUAACCUUACAAGAUUGUCUUGCUGCCUUUUUCGCCAGAGAUGAACUCAAGGGUGAUAAUAUGUACAGCUGUGGAAGGUGUAAAAAGUUAAGAAAUGGAGUGAAAUUCUGCAAAGUGCAAAAAUUUCCUGAGAUACUGUGCAUUCAUCUCAAAAGAUUUAGACAUGAACUUAUGUUUUCCACAAAAAUUGGGACCCAUGUGUCCUUUCCCUUGGAAGGCCUUGAUCUUCAGCCUUUCCUUGCGAAGGACAGUCCAGCUCAAAUCAUGACUUAUGAUCUCCUAUCUGUCAUCUGCCAUCAUGGAACUGCCAGCAGUGGACAUUAUAUAGCCUAUUGUCGCAACAAUUUAAAUAAUUUGUGGUAUGAAUUUGAUGACCAGAGCGUCACAGAAGUAUCAGAAUCCACAGUGCAAAAUGCAGAAGCCUAUGUUCUGUUCUACAGAAAGAGCAGUGAAGAAGCACAGAGAGAGAGGCGGAGAAUAUCACGUCUACUGAAUAUGAUGGAACCAAGUCUUCUGCAGUUCUAUGUUUCCAGGCAGUGGUUAAAUAAAUUCAAGACUUUUGCAGAGCCAGGACCAAUUUCAAAUAAUGACUUUCUCUGUAUGCAUGGAGGUGUUCCUCCACACAAAGCUAACUUCAUAGAGGACCUAGUUGUAAUGCUACCUCAAAAUAUAUGGGAUAAUCUGUAUAGCAGGUAUGGAGGAGGACCAGCUGUUAACCAUCUGUAUGUUUGUCACACCUGCCAAAUAGAGUCUGAAAGAAUUGAAAAAAGAAGGAAAAAUGAAUUGGAAAUGUUUAUUCGGCUUAAUAGAGCAUUCCAAGAAGAAGAAUCUCCAUCAACAUUCUACUGCAUCAGUAUGCAAUGGUUCAGAGAAUGGGAAGGAUUUGUAAAGGGUAAAGACAGUGAUCCUCCUGGUCCUAUUGAUAACUCUAAGAUUGCAGUAACAAAAUGUGGAAAUGCUGUGCUAAAACAAGGUGCAGAUUCUGGACAAAUAUCUGAAGAAACAUGGAAUUUUCUUCAGUCAAUCUAUGGUGGAGGUCCAGAGAUUAUACUCAGACCACCUGUUCCUCCAGUAGAACCUGAUAUCUUGCAAACAGAGGAGAAGAUCGAAUUAGAAACUCAUGGUCUGUAGCUACUGAGAAAAAGAUGAACUUGUAAGGAAUGGAGCUUCCGUACAAAAUGCCCAAAAUACAUUCCUAAAAGUUUUAUUCUGUUAUGUCUGUUGGAGGCACAGCUCACUGGGCAUUACAUUAACUAUGGAAUAGUAGGUUGAAUUAUGUAUUACAAUUUGUUUAAUAGAGGCUGUUUCUCUGUUUUGGAAGGCAUGCAGUUUGUACAUUUUGGAGUGUUUGGUCAAUGGAAAAAAUAUGUAAUUUCUGAACUUUUUGGUAUAAGUCAAAAUCCUGUUAUAUCCUUAGACUUGAAAAAUGGGGACAAAGUUUAGAGAUGUACAAUAACCCUUCUGAUUCCUGAUUGGGCUUCUGAUAUCUACAAACUUUUGCCUGUCUUAAUUGUACAGUCUUGACAAGCCUAGGUAUAUGCGGAGUAUAUUUUAAAUUGAUUGCAAUCAAUUAUAAAGAAAAAGGAUUUUAAUUUCCUAAAUGCUCAGGAAAAAAAUUCUCACUUAUUUUGCACUGGAAGUAUAUGAAAUUGGUAGUAUGUAACAUCCAAAUACUUGUUGUAUUUGAAUGAAUCAAACAUUAGUGUAGAUUGAAUAUUGUUUUAGUCAGCAAAUGUCAUUAAGUUAUUAC